AUGACAAGGUUUGCAAAUGCUUACUGGUCGCCUGAUUACCGCUCAGGAAUUGAGCUGCUCACAAAGCAGCUGAGCGAGUCAUUUGACCAACUUCACGAACUUCGCAAGUUUAUAUUCAAUUACAUGAACUAUCAUCACUCCAACAGCGAGUUCAUGGCGAAGUUGGCCAAGGAAAGCUUCCCCAUGAGCAGUUCGUUUCGUGAAAAACGAGCAGAAAGACGCGUCUUUAGUGGCACCAUCAAGCACCCAAAAGAACAGGUACCCAAGGAGGUCGAUAUCAAGUAUAUUUUCAAGGAGUUCGUUGAUCGAACAUCGUUGGAGCUGCAGCUGCAACUAAAUUUGGCGUCAGAGAUCGAAACAGAAGUGCUUGGGAAGAUUACUGCCUUCGUUAAACUUCAUGAACCUCAAAUGAAAACAACAUUGGACCGCUUCCAGGAGCUCCUUGAUGAUUAUGAUGAUUCACGACUUAGGAUGGAGUCAAGCAAGCAGAAGUAUGAUGAGAUGAUCAGGCUAGGUGAGCUUGAGGAGCCAAAUCGAGCUGACCAUGAAUCGGAUGAAAAUACCGCCUCAGGUCCCAGCACGCCAAAGAAGGACGAGACCUUGAAUCGAAUAGCCCAAACUCACGAGGGCGCACAAGAGAAAACGUUCACAUUCCCUCUAAUACUUGGUGGUGGCAUUAAAUUUGAUGACGAAGAGAGGCUUGAGGCAUUUCUUUCAAAGGCAAUUGCAACGAUCAAGACCGUGAGACGCAAAAUUCCCUUUCCUGGUUACCGAAAUGAAAUUUUCAGUAGUGAGCAACUCUGUGAUUACUUGAAAACACACAGACCUCAUGGAUUUAAUCCUACCAGGGUGUCACUCGAAAGAGUGGGCCAAGGGCUCAUAGACAAGAAGAUCAUUGUGGGAACAGGAUUGUUCUCUCAUAAAUUCAAAAGCGAAGGAAUGUGGUUUGAAUGGUCACAGGAUGCUGUUGAUUUUGCAGAAUUUAAGGAUCAGAGUACAUCAAAUAUAAUAAGUCUGUCAAAAUCCCUGCUGAAUCUUGAAGAGUCGUCUAAAAAGGUGAAUGAAGUUGCGGCGUCGACAUCCAAGAAGUUCAAUGAUCUUUUUAAGAACGUCAAAACAUCACUUAUGAAGCCCAAGUUCUCUGAAGAGGUUCUACAAGAGCUCGAAGCAGAAUACAACGAGUCAUAUGAAGAUGUUCAGAGGGUGAAGCACUUACUUGACAUGGAGAUUUUUUAUAAAUCGCAGAUGUUUGAAAAGUUUGAGAAAGUGAGGAUCGAGGUUAUUUAUCAGAGUCUUACUAAAUUUCUGGAGAUCCUUUUCAAGCACUCAUCGGUCGCUACUGAUUCCCUUCAUCAUUUCGCUUCCAACUUUAUUGAGAAGCUCAAUAAGCCAGAAAACUAUCUGAGAGAUCUUCACAACCUCCUUACGAAGAAUAGCACAGGUAUUUACUUCCCAGCCAUUGUUCUGCCCCAUCACGGCCUGAAGGAUCAUUCUGAUCUCACUACACUCAAUGUCAGUUUUCAGAAUAUCAGGCUCAAUUUCAAUUUGUAUAAAGACAUACCACUUCAGGUGAAGUAUUCAGAUGCUGACCCUGAGUCCCUAUUGAGCACAUGGUCACUCCCAUUGCUUCUAAAAAACACCAUAGAAGCGACAUUGAAGGCUCCAAAAGCCAAAUUGCGACAGUAUUGGAUUGCAAGUAUCGAUCAUCAAGAGUAUUGGCUGGUGAAACUCGAAAUAAUUCAGCUAAUACAGGGAUUCCAGCCGGAUGAGAAUUUAGAUCCACAAGAUGAGAAAGCCGUCGAAAUUGCCCUCGUUAAGGCAGUUGUUGAGCAGCUUUCGAAAACCUCUGUCAAACGGCAGCUAAAUUUUUUGAAGAACUGGCUUCUUGAAACCAGUGAUUCAGUGAUUCCAUGUACCGUCUACGACUCGUUGCUCAAUCUAAAUGGUGUGAGUGUUUCAAAUCGAGCUACAGCUGAUGAUUACCUCAAAAUCUUGUCGUCAAUUCCUAGAGGAAACCUUUGCUCCCUUAUUUUUAUCUUGGAAAGUAUAGCGUUCAUCUUUGAUUUGAAACCAAUCCAGGGAUACGGGCUGAGCGACGAUAUUGUCGAGCUGCAAGAUGAAGAUGAUGAUCUGGGACUGAUAGUUGAUCAGCUUAAUUCAAUGGAUACAAUUGGGGCAGUGCCAUUUUUACAUCUAAUUUUACGACCAUCUGUUAUAAAGAGUUCCACAGGUUUCAAGCCUUCAAUGCUUGUUUACAAUUCAAUUUUGCAAACUUUAUUAAGACUCGACAUACGUGAAAAAUUAUGUCUAGCUCUUAUAGCGAACGAAAGAAAGUUCAUCGAGAGAUCAAGACGUCAGGAGCAGAACCUUGGUCUUCACAUAAAGGCUAACUCAAGAGUUACAUCUAAGAAUAGGGUACCAUCUCGCGUGACUGCGGAAGGGGAAGUCGAGGACAAGCCAUCUGUCGAUGUGAACAAAACAAUCUCUUCACCUACGCCGAAGACUGCAAAUUCGAUUUCAGGGGACCAAUUCUCACUUCGACCAUUCCGCACGGGCUCGACCCCUAGGCCCUCUCCGAUGAGUUCACCUGUGCACAAAAAAGGGGUAUCUGCUGAUAUUACAAGAGCUCGGAGUGAUUCCGGACAUUUGAUAUCUAUUGACAAGACAGAGGAAGAAGGACAAGAUGACUGA